GCAUGCGCGGACCGGAUGCUGUCAGUAGAAUUCCGGAAAUGCCUGUCUGCGACUAGCGGAUAUUUGUUUUCUGGUCUGUUGGAAGACUCUGACGACAUUUCAGGGCUAUUUUCUUUUUUUCCUCGUUAAAUUGUUAAAUCCUGUCGUGUUGAAAACGGAGAGCUAACCCCAGCUGGAUCGGAGCGUGUCACAGACACCGAGUCUACAACUGUCUGCAUUGUAGUUGGGCUCGAGGCUGGGCUAACAUUAGCCUAGCGUUCACUGAAGUCCUGCUAGCUUUAGCUUUUGUUAGCCGUCUUUACAGUCGGCAUAGAGUGAUCUAUAACUAAUCCAGUUAAUUCUUCAGAUUAUAAGUAAGAAUAUUAGUAAGUGAAGCCAUGGCUGUUGUUAACGAAGGUGCCCUGAAGAAAAUGCUGAAGCAAUACAAGUAUAGAGACCUGACUGUUCGAGAGAUAACCAAUGUCAUCUCCCAGUACAAGGACCUGAAGCCAGUUAUGGAUGCUUAUGUGUUUAAUGACGGUUCCACAAGAGACCUGAUGAGCCUGACAGGAACUGUCCCAGUGAGCUACAGAGGUAAUGUUUACAACAUCCCAGUAUGCCUGUGGUUGCUGGACACAUAUCCAUACAAUCCUCCCAUAUGCUUUGUCAAACCGACCAGUGCCAUGAUGAUCAAAACGGGCAAACACAUCGAUGCCAACGGCAAAAUCUACCUGCCUUAUCUACAUGAGUGGAAACAUCCUCAGUCAGACUUGUACGGUCUGAUUCAGGUGAUGAUUGUGGUGUUCGGAGAGGAGCCUCCUGUGUUUUCUCGCCCAACCACCCAAGCCCCUUACCAAGCCUUCCAAGCUGCCGGACCCCCUAACCCUUCAUACAUGCCUGGAAUGCCAGCAGUCUCACCCUAUGGUCCAACUCCUAACCCAGGAGGCUAUCCAGGAUACCAGUACCCAGGAGGAAACUCUUACCCAGCCACUGCUGGACCUGCACACUACCCCGGCCAGGCUCCCGUUUCCACAGUGGGCCAGAGCAGAGAUGGCACUAUUGGCGAGGAUACAAUCCGUGCAUCUCUGAUAUCGGCUGUGAGCGACAAGCUGCGCUGGAGGAUGAAGGAAGAGAUGGACAGAGCUCAGGCAGAGCUGGACGCCCUGAAGAGAACAGAGGAGGACUUGAAAAAAGGACAUCAGAAACUGGAGGAGAUGAUCUCAAGACUGGACCAGGAAGUGGCUGAGGUUGACAGGAAUAUAGAGCUGCUGAAGAGAAAAGAUGAAGAGCUGAGCGACGCCUUGGAAAAGAUGGAGAACCAAUCAGAGAACAAUGACAUUGAUGACGUCAUUGUGCCCACAGCUCCACUCUACAAACAGAUCCUGAACCUUUACGCUGAAGAAAAUGCAAUUGAGGACACAAUCUUUUACUUGGGGGAGGCUCUUCGUCGAGGCGUAAUAGACCUGGAGGUCUUCCUCAAGCAUGUACGUCUUCAGUCGAGGAAGCAGUUCCAGCUUCGAGCCCUCAUGCAGAAAGCCCGCAAGACUGCCGGCCUCAGUGACCUCUACUGACCCUCAUAGACUACCUGUAAACAUUUAGACCUUUAUCCUCUCUUUACCAUCUUCCUUCUCUUCUCCCUUUUUCAUGUCUUUUGUAUUAAAAAGCUGCCCUUGUUUUCAUCUCUACAACAUCUGUUCUUUUGAGACAGAGAUCCUAUCGGCUACAACAGGGAUUCACUAAAAAUGCAGCAUUUAUAAAGAAUCAGGCUGACAGUGGAUUUCAAACUGUGUGGCCACAGUACUGGUUGGACAUAAUGCUUCUUUUAAAUCAUUAUGCAUUCUAGAUAUGACCCAUUUGCAAGACAUGUCCAUAUCAUAUUUUCCCCAAAUAUCAAGCUAAGCCCAGUGUGACCACAAUGUGAACCAGGUACUGUGAUUACACAUAAAACAUGUUGAAUGCACAUACAGUAUUUGAAAAAGCUAGGUUGGAUUCACGUCUGUGUGGCUGGUUUACUGAGAGUCAUUGUCUGGACCUGCGUAUGUUGCAGGUCAGCUCACAGUUUCUGUUAGCAAACCUUUCGCCAGACAAAGUCAUUUGGCUAGUAAGCACAAACUGCCUGGGGCUAAUAGAGGGGGGCUUUGUAGAGGGCCUCAUAUGUCCACCCCUCAUAAUGUAAAGGUUAAGCUAUGGUAUAAAUACCCAGGCCAGCCUUACAGGACACACUUUCAGGACUUGAUGAGGUAUGAGUUCAUGUUCAGUAACCAUGGAGUUAAAGUGAUGAUGAACAUGGACCUGAGAUGUGUUUCUUCACUGUCUUGUUUGAGUCUGUUAAUGAGCCUAAUUUUGUUGCUCCACUGACAUGUCCUCACUACUCUGUGUUUCCCUGUUCUGUGUUUCUUUACAAUGGUGUGAUUGAGCUUCUUUCAUAUACUGUCGGCUCCCCAGGUCCACACUCCAGUCUGACUGCAAUAACCAGUCAAUCGUGUGCAGCAGUGACUUACUUAGUACAGUGUCUCUGUUUAAGCUGUAGCUUUGCUUUAUUCUGAGGUGUAAUGGAUUUUUCUAACUUUGUUUUUCUGUUUUUCCACGUGCUGUCCACUCUUUGUCAGACAUGAAAAUGUCAGAAAUCAUAUAUGGGAAAAGUGGGGAACACAACCGAAGUUUUGGAGGGUACAAAAACGUACAGGACUGUUGUACUAAUCAAAAAAGUUAACUUAUGUAAAGUUUGCAAACAGGUCUCUUUUAAUUUAGCCUUUUACUAAAUGCACUUUGAAUUGUAUGAUAGAUUAUCUACUGUUAUUUUUUUUUUCUUGUUUCCAAUUCAACGAUAGACCACCUGUUCUUUUAUAUAUCUGUAGAUUUAUGUAAAUCAGAACAAAUAAAAGAAAUCUGAUUCAAUCCCUCA